GAGCGAGAGAGAAAAAAAAAAGAAAAAAAGCAAAGCAGAAAAUGGAAGUAGAGGUCGACGAGAAGGAGCUCAAAGCAGCCGGAGCGGAGUUAUUCUCCGACGGACGCCACGGCAUUCGAAUCCACGGCUGGGAAAUCGAGACUCGCAAGCGCUCCAUUCUCAACUCCUCCACCCACGAACUGUGGGAGGAGAAGCUGGAGACUUGUCACAUGCCGGAGAUGAUAUUCGGGGAGAGUUGUUUGGUUCUGAAGCACGUGAAGAGUGGCACCACUAUCCACUUCAAUGCCUUUGAUGCUCUGAUUGGGUGGAAGAAGGAGGCUUUGCCUCCGGUUGAAGUCCCGGCUGCUGCGAAAUGGAAGUUCAGAUGUAAACCCUCCGAGCAAGUAAUACUGGACUAUGACUAUACAUUCACAACACCAUAUGAAGGAAGUGAAACUAUCACUUUGGAUGAAGACAAGCAUGAAGGAGGAGAGGUAUCUAAGGAGACCUGCAAUCUCAACUGGGAGGACUGCAAAGAAAAAAUUGAUGUGGUUGCAUUGGCAUCUAAAGAGCCUAUUCUCUUUUAUGAUGAGGUAGUCUUGUAUGAAGAUGAAUUGGCGGAUAAUGGUGUGUCACUUCUAACUGUAAAAGUGAGAGUCAUGCCGAGCGGUUGGUUUCUCCUCUUGCGAUUCUGGCUUAGAGUUGAUGGAGUGCUUAUGAGAUUAAGGGAUACCCGUAUGCACUGUGCUUUUGAAAAUAAUGUAAAUCCCAUUAUUCUUCGAGAGAGCUGCUGGAGAGAAGCUACCUUCAAAGCUUUGGCUGCAAAGGGAUACCCUUCUGAAGCUGCUGCUUACAACGAUCCAAGUAUCAUCAGCCAAAGGCUUCCAGUGGUCAUGAAUAAGACCCAAAAGUUAAAGGUAUCUAGUAACAUGUAACAUUGUAUAUUAUGUUAAGGCAUGAGGAUAUAUUUUAAUCUUUUCUCAGUAUGGUGGAUUCUAUUGCAUGUAAAAAUAUCUUUUAACCAUCCUUUUUAUUCAAGCUCUACUUUCGUGCUUACAA